AAAUACACACCAUAUUUUCUUUUCUUUUUUUGUUUUUCAACUAAAAAAUAAUGUAAUCUUUCUGUGUUCGUCAUUUCCAAAUAAAAGUCAAGAAGUUAUAACGGAAGAAACUUUGAAGCUUCUGCUCUUGCGUUUGACCCUCUCCAAAAUUCCCACCAUGCUUAUUCAUUAAUUGAGCUUUAUCCUUUUUUGCUCUCUCUCUCUCUCUCCCUCUUCAACUCCCAGUUAAGAUAAACAGAGCCAUCGAGCCCAGAAUUUCUUAUUUUGUUUGUUGUGAUGUUAUUUAGAAAUCUACGUGUUCUGUCAUCGAGCUCGUUUGUUAUUUUAGCCGUGUCAACCUCUGCCAAAUCCCACCCAACUUUCUAUCUCGAUCUCUCUCGAUUUUGUUUGUUCUUGAUUUAUUUCAGAAAAUAGCCAAAACCCAGAUCCGUUUCGUCUCAAGUAGGCCAUACCCUGUUUACCAUUUAUAUUCUCGAAUCCCCCCAGAUCAAUCCAAAAACAGAGUACGGAAAAGAGAAAAAAUUACCCAUUUGAAAGAGGCUCUUUUCUAAUAACCCAUCAUGAACUCCAGUGACACCGCCUCCAAUGGCGGAUCAUCACAAUUCCAGAUCCAAGAGAGUCGGACACUGCCCGACUUUUUGCAGAGCGUAAAUUUGAAGUACGUGAAGCUGGGUUAUCAUUACUUGAUGACCUACCUUUUGACUCUCUGUUUGGUCCCCAUCAUGGCGGCCAUUGUCAUUGAAGCCUCGCAGAUGAAUCCCAACGACAUCCACCAGCUCUGGCUGCAACUCAAGUAUAAUCUGGUCAGUGUUGUAAUCUGCUCCGUGGUUGUCGUUUUUGGGACCACCGUUUACAUUACAACCCGACCCAGGGCCGUCUACCUCGUGGACUUCUCCUGUUAUCGUCCUCCGAACAAUUUGCAUGUCAAAUUCAAACAGUUUAUGGAUCACUCCAAGCUCACCGGAGACUUUGACGAGUCCUCCCUCGAGUUCCAGCGCAAGAUUCUUGAGCGCUCUGGACUCGGGGAGGAAACUUAUGUUCCCGAAGCUAUGCAUUCGAUUCCGCCGAGACCGUCGAUGGUGGCGGCACGUGAAGAGGCCGAGCAGGUUAUGUUUGGCGCCUUGGAUAACCUAUUCUCCAAUACCAAUAUUAAUCCCAAGGAUAUUGGUAUCCUCGUCGUGAAUUGCAGUCUGUUUAACCCAACUCCGUCGCUUUCAGCUAUGAUUGUGAACAAGUAUAAGCUCAGAGGGAACAUCAGGAGCAUCAAUUUGGGGGGAAUGGGGUGUAGUGCUGGAGUUAUAGCUAUUGAUUUAGCUAAAGACAUGCUCCAAGUUCAUAGGAAUACUUUCGCAGUUGUUGUUAGCACUGAGAACAUAACUCAGAAUUGGUAUUUUGGGAAUAAAAAAUCGAUGUUGAUUCCUAACUGUUUGUUCCGAGUAGGUGGCGCGGCGGUUCUUCUCUCGAACAAGUCGUCAGACCAUCACCGUGCCAAGUACAAGCUCAUCCAUGUUGUUCGAACUCAUCAGGGUUCAGACGACAAGGCGUUUAAGUGCGUCUAUCAGGAACAAGACAAUCAGGGGAAAACAGGGGUGUCCUUAUCAAAGGAUCUUAUGGCAAUUGCUGGUGGAGCUCUCAAGACUAACAUCACCACGUUAGGCCCUCUGGUCCUUCCUAUCAGUGAACAACUUCUCUUUUUCGCCACUUUGGUUGCCAAGAAGCUUUUCAAUGCCAAAACUAAGCCUUACAUACCCGAUUUCAAGCUCGCAUUCGACCAUUUUUGCAUCCACGCAGGGGGCCGAGCAGUGAUCGAUGAGCUGGAGAAGAACUUGCAGCUUCGGCCAGAGCAUGUGGAGGCAUCGAGGAUGACGCUUCACCGGUUCGGUAACACGUCCUCCAGCUCGAUUUGGUACGAACUGGCUUACACUGAGGCCAAAGGAAGGAUGAAGAAGAAGAAUCGAUUAUGGCAGAUUGCUUUCGGGAGUGGUUUCAAGUGUAACAGUGCUGUUUGGGAGGCCUUGAGGAACGUUAAGCCUUCUCCUAGCAGUCCUUGGGAGGAUUGCAUUGAAAGGUAUCCGGUGGAGAUAGUUGUUUAGGAUCAAGUUAAUAAGGAGUUUUUUAUUAGAGAAAGUUGGUUCACCUUGUUUCUUUAGGGGUUAUUUAUUUAUUGGCAUGUUAAGUCAUGUCCUAUAUUUAUUAUCUACAUUCAUGUACAAUGUAUUUCUCUUGUAAGGAAUCUUGAUUUAUGUUCUUGAA